AGCUGGAGCAUCUCCACCCUUGGUGUUCCUGGUAUAUAUCACUUGUGCUCUGUGUUUGGAAACCAGCUUAAUCAGACCCUUACUAAGCAGUUCCUGGAGGGCUGCUCAGGCUAGAGAACCCCGGAUCUUCAGUCCCUCUGAGACUACUGCAGGAGUGAUAAGUUUAUAGUUGGGGACCUCCUUGCAGAGUUUGUUGUAGGUUGCUUUGUCAAACAGAACCAGAUUGUUGAGCUUGUCUCGAACUUUACCCUUGGACCACUUCUUCUUCUCAGCUUUGCCCCCAGACUUGUUCACGGGAUCUUUGUCCUUCUUGGCCGACUUGCCUGCAUCUUUCUUCUUCUUAUCAUCCCUGGGCAGCAUGAUGAGGCUUCAGGAACUCCUGGUGCUGCCGCCUCCAAGCUAAGAUGUCCAACAGAAAGGAAAUGGGUGGUAAGGGUGAUGGCUGAAACUUCGUCUCUAAAGGGAGACUUUCAAGAUGAAGGUGAAUAACGUAGCCUUGGGAAACUUUAUUUUCUGAGGAAGGGACCAUUAUCAUUAACAGGUUGGCAUGGAUGGAUUUCUGCUCUACUUUGCUAUUCAUUGUAAUAUCUUGCAUUUAUAUAACACCUUACAGCUUAUUCAAGAGCACAUUUUUCACAAUAGUUCUGUUGGAAGUAGGAUAUUAUUUAUUUUAAAGAUGAGAAAUCUGAGGUUAAGUAAUUUUUUCAUACUUUGUGUGUGUUAGAGAUUUAAACUAAGAUGUGUGCUCUUUUUCAUUGCUUGGUUAAGUACCAUACAGUAGCGUGUUGGUACCUUGCUAGACUUUUUUUUUAAACACAAAAAAUACCUCUGAAGCAGAACAGGUAUCAAAUUAAAAUGUUUAUUGGCUUUGUUAUAUCCUUAUAACAUCUUUGAUUCUAUCUCUUCAGAGCUACUUUGGAAGAAAUGUAUUGUGAAAAUACACUUAGAUUUGAACAGAUUAAAAUUCUAGUUCUGUCACUCUUCAGAUCCUAUAAUAGCUAGCAUUUACAUAGUACUUUGCAUAAAGUGCUUUAUAUCGAAUUAACUCAUGUAAUUCUUAAAACCCUUCUGUGAGGUAGGUGCUAUUAAAGAUUAGGAAACAGAAAUCACAAAGCUAAUAAAUGUGUGAGCCAGGAUUCCUGAAGCCAAAGGCCAGUACUAGAUCCACUGAGCCACUGUGUGAGCAGGGGACAAUCUCUCUAAGACACUUGUUUCCUCAACUGUAAAAAGCGAUUGUCUAUCUCACAGAUUUGUUGCAGGGAGAUUGCUUUGUAAAAUUCAAAGUGUCAUAUAAAUGAGUUUUUAUUUCAAGUAAUGUUAUGCGUUCUAUCAAUUCUUUGAAUUUUCAGUUAGGCUUUCAAAUUGCCUUUCCCUAUCUUCCCAUCACUCGGCCCAUAUGUUUUUUAUCCUAAAGAGUUGUACCACUUCCCUAGCAGAAUCAUUUAUUUUCUAAAAUGUUUACAUUUCUAAAAAUUUUACAUUUCUUUUGCUGUUAAGGGCAAGUAGGAAGAUAAAACCCUUGUAACCCAGAACUACGCCUGGCUGUAACUUGAUGUGGUGAGGCCACAAACACUGCAGAAAGGUCAUUUUGGAUAGUCAAUAGGCCAUUGAUGUGGGAACAAUGAACACAGCCAGGUUGUGAAGCAGAGAGCCAAGCAAUGAUCAAAGGGAUAACCUUUGUAAAGCGCUUACAAAGCACUGUACAAAGCAAGGCAUUGUUGGUAUUAUCAGGCUGGAGGCAAAACCUGGGCAGGAACAAAGGAUUAUAAAGAGAGUCAGAGAGAGGCUUGGGCUGGGCUUUACGGCCCCGAAGGUAGCUCCCUGGGAAAGGCCACUACAGUCUACACUUCAUCAGCUAGUUUCUUUCCCGAACGUAUUGGAGAUCCACAAAAAGCCGCGUGGCUCCAGGGGCAGCUGUCACUGACUCACUGUUCGACCUUGGGAAAGUCAGUUGCUCUCUGAGGGCCUCAGUUUCCCCAUUUGGAAAAUGAGAGGGCUGGGGCUCAAUGACGUAGGCCAAGGUCCUUUCCAGCUCGCAGGACUAACUCUAUGAUUCACCGCCUCCUCCUCGCAGCUCCCCACCCAGACCGAGCGCCCGGCGGACAGCUUUCUCCCCAUCUCCGCCCCGAGUCGGCGUCGCUUUACCCCCGGGGUGGGGCGGGGCGGGGCUCUAGGGAGACCGCAGACCGAGGGGUCCCCACGGCCGGGCCAGGCCAGGCCAGGCCUGGGGUCCGAGAUCCUCGCCAGCCUCACAAGGCGCUGUGGGCCUUCUACUAGUCGCUACUAAGGAAGCCUGUGUGGGCCAUGCCCAUCCUUUGGGGCUCGAGCCUAGGAAAAGCAGGCUGCCGAGAAAGGGAAGCAGGGAGGCCGGUCCGGGCCCGUUGAUGAUUAACGCCACAAACCCUCCCUGGCGGCGGCGGUGGUAGCCGCUGCAGCAACUACAACUCCCUAGGCCGGGGGCAAACGCCCAAGCACUAGCCGAGGACGCAGCGCGCAUGCGCCCUCAGCUUUCUCCGGCCCCUCCCCUCUGCCUGAGUAACGCCCAUGCGCAAAACCCUCUGGCGACGGGCUGACGCUACCAGCGUGAGACGAAGCUCACACCAAUCUAGUUCCUUCCUCUCAUCACCCACGGUGUCUCGCGCCUGACGAUCCCUUUCCCAGGGUCCUUUGCGCCGUGAAGAAGCGGCUUCUGUGGGCUGGGGGCAUUUUGUGUCGGCUGUAUCCAAAGGAACAAGAUGGCGGCCUUGGCCGAGUGACCGUGGUCCUAGCGGGCGGGACCCGGCGGCGGCGCUGGCAGAAGGUGGGCUACGCCCACUUACUGCGCCUUUUUCUGAUCAGGACGUCGCCCUGAACCCGCAGGGGACCUUCUAACGGGGGGUGGGGGGACACCCAGGAGAAGCUGCCCGGCCUGGAACCACGACCCUCCCGGGAGCCUGAGGAGGGAGAAGCCGGAGUUCCGCGCAGCGGCGGCAGCAGCGACAAGGCUCCCUAGGGACGCCUCAGCGUCGUCUUAAUCCGGGGAAGCAACCUCUUUUCUUUACUUAUUGGGGAAAAAAAUUUAUUGAGUGCCACCAUCUUCGGUCCCUGGAAACUUGCGCCUGGUGGGUGAGACCCGCCUGGUCCCCGUCCCUUUCCCCUAGGUCUCCGUCUCUUCACCGCGCUGCCAGGAUGGCGAGCAGCAGCGGCUCCAAGGCCGAAUUUAUCGUCGGAGGGAAAUAUAAACUUGUGCGGAAGAUCGGGUCCGGCUCCUUUGGGGACAUCUAUCUGGCCAUUAAUAUCACCAACGGAGAGGAAGUGGCGGUGAAGCUAGAGUCCCAGAAGGCCAGGCAUCCCCAGCUGCUGUACGAGAGCAAGCUCUAUAAGAUCCUCCAAGGUGGGGUCGGCAUUCCCCACAUACGGUGGUAUGGUCAAGAAAAAGACUAUAAUGUUCUAGUCAUGGAUCUUCUUGGACCGAGUCUUGAAGACCUCUUCAAUUUCUGUUCCCGCAGGUUCACAAUGAAAACAGUACUUAUGUUAGCUGACCAGAUGAUCAGUAGAAUUGAAUUUGUGCAUACAAAGAAUUUUAUACACAGAGACAUAAAACCAGAUAAUUUCCUAAUGGGUAUUGGGCGUCACUGUAAUAAGUUAUUCCUUAUUGACUUUGGUUUGGCCAAAAAGUACAGAGACAACAGAACAAGACAACAUAUACCAUACAGAGAAGAUAAAAAUCUCACUGGCACUGCCCGUUAUGCCAGCAUCAAUGCACACCUUGGCAUCGAGCAGAGUCGUCGUGAUGAUAUGGAGUCUCUAGGAUAUGUGUUGAUGUAUUUUAAUAGGACCAGCCUGCCCUGGCAAGGAUUAAAGGCUGCAACGAAGAAACAAAAGUAUGAAAAGAUUAGUGAAAAGAAGAUGUCCACUCCUGUUGAAGUUUUAUGUAAGGGGUUUCCAGCAGAAUUUGCCAUGUAUCUAAACUAUUGUCGUGGACUCCGCUUUGAAGAAGCACCAGAUUAUAUGUAUCUGAGGCAACUAUUUCGUAUUCUUUUCAGGACUCUGAAUCACCAGUAUGACUACACAUUUGAUUGGACAAUGUUAAAGCAGAAAGCGGCCCAGCAGGCAGCCUCUUCCAGUGGGCAGGGUCAGCAGGCCCAAACCCCCACAGGCAAGCAAACUGACAAAACCAAGAGUAACAUGAAAGGUUUCUAAACAUGAAGAGGAACAGAUGAAGCAGAGCAGAUGAUCAGAGCAGGACUUGUUACUCCCCAGAUCUAGAAGUUUUAGUUCAUAUGUACACAUGCCAGUGGUUGUGGGCAACCAUUUACUUGGUGUAAAAGAACUUAAUUUCAGUAUAAACCGCCUCUGGUCAGCGUUGGUGAUGCUGCAUCCUGAGUUGUAGCUGCUGUAAUUGUGAAUAUUAACAGAUAGUGAAACAUGGUGUCCAGUUUUCUAUUGCAUUUUUUCAAGUGGAAAAGUUAACUAAAUGGUUGACACACGAGUGGUGGAGAAAUUGUGCAUAUGCCAAUUUUUGUUACCUUUAAUUUUGAACUACACUGCUUUGAGAUUUCAUUUAAGAAGAAUGGCAUGAACAGUUUUCAGCCACAGUUGUGAUAAUUGUAAAUGUUCACAAUUGUGCACUUUUAGAUUUUUUUCCCCCUUCCUAGGGUUUGAAAGUUGUAAACUUACACAUUCUUAAAAUUGUUGGCUUCUGUGUGCAAGUCAGCUGACAUGGUAGCAACCAAAGAUUCCAGUUUUUAAGCAUAUGAAAGACUCUGCCUGCUUACUGUGCUAGAAUUAACAGCAUCUAAAAGUGAAGACUUAAGAAAAACUUAGUGACUACUAGAUUAUCUUUAGGACUCUGCAUUAACUCUAUAAUGUUCUUGGUAUAAAAAAGAAAAACAACAUAUUCGUCACAGAAAUUUAGUUAACAUCUUACAACUAAACCUGUAUGUAAGUUGCUUAGAUCAAUGUAAUCACUGUAAACAUCUAUAUGACCUGGGAUUUUGUUUUUAUUUUGAAAUGGGAGCUUUUUUUGUUUACAAGUUCAUUAAAAACUAAAAAACUGUUUCUGUAAAAAAAUUUUUUUUAAAAGAAAUGCCUUGCUAAUUCAUUGAUAGAAUCAACAUCUCCCCAAUUUUUUUAAUAGACUACUUGAUGGCCAUUGUUAAAUAAGUCAUAUUCCUUUGCAAAUCAUUUUAGAUUUAGUGUUGUACCUCUUUUUUUUUUUAAUAAAUUUUAUAUUUUUUUUCCUCAAGGGAGAAGACAUUCUUGAUUUUUUUUUUUUAAAGUUCUUGCAUCAAUGCCUAGUAGUGCAACUGCAGGACUGGUGUUGGUAGCUCUAGUGUUGCCAUUGACUAAACAGCUGGACUGAUUUGUGUUGUUCCUUUUGAAAAUAAGAAUGGAAGUGUUAAAGGGUUUUGCAAACGAAGGAUAUUUUCUUUCAAAUUCUUGUGAAGUGGCUAUGACCAUAUUGUUUCUUGUUCUUAGAUUGCCUCACACUGUGGUGUUGUCAUGAUUAAUAUCCCCAGCCCUCCAAUGCGCAAGCUGUGUGAGUGCUUUUUCCGGCUUAUUUGCGCGUUUUCUUUUUCUCUUUAUCUCGGACCCAGCGGAAAGAAAAAAAAGUACUAUGAUUGCUGGUAAUCCUUUAAACAGUGUAAUUUAUUCAUUUAUAGCAUGUCAGAAUAAAUUAAAAAAACAUUGUCUGAAAAUGCUACCAGAUGCCUAUGUGUAAAUGUGGUGUUUUGUACAUUAACUUUGUUAAGACUGUAAAUUUACACACGUUAAGGUUUAGUUUUGUGCCCUUUAAUUCCAGUUUAGUUUUUUUUUUAAUUUGAAAACUGCCUUAGCAAUAAUUUCAUGAUUGCCACAUUCAGCCAUUAAGAACUUCAAUACUGCAAGCAUCUUAAUAAAUGAGCUCUUGGGGGUAGUCAGCUUAUUGUAAUGAUUGCUUUUUUUUCUCUUAGCCUUUCUAGUUGUUUAUGGUGUUAGUUGCUUUAUUAAUAAACCCUUUCUUUGGUACUUUAGCUAAAAAUCACUCUCAUAAAGCUAUUUUUAAGUAUGGUUUGUGUAAAUGAAAAGGAAAGAAAAAAGUUUGGCUUGGUUAAAGGUUUUACCAAGCUGAGCUUCCUCUGGCAAAUAUUUUCCAGUGCUUUCAUUUACUAUGCACUUAGACUAUGCACUUUUUCUGAAAUAUUUUUGUAACACUUAAACCUUUUUGUAUUUUUGCCAUUUGAAAAGGUUGUGGUGUAGUCCGUUUGUAAUUAAGUUACAGAUUUAAGACUGUUUAGCUUUGUAAAUCAAAAUGUAGGUAUUUGUCCUGAGUGUAUUGUCACUCCAUCUGCAGCUGGAGCUGGAAUCCCAUUCAUCUUCUAGCUACCAUUCCUUUUCUUCACAGUUUGGCAAAAGAAGAACAUGAAAUUCAGUGAAUGCACUAACAAAUCCUGACUGGAGAGAAAUCUCACGUGAACAAAAUACAAAUUACGCUUUUCUACUAAAAAUGAUGGUACAAGUUGAAGACAAGACACACUCAGAAAUUGGACAACCUGACCACUUAUGGCUCCACGGUGGCUUACUCAACUGAACUCUAGGUUAUUCCUACUUUGUUCACCCAUUGGAGGUGGUGUUUAAAAAAUGUUGGGAGAUGGCCAUUCUAACUAUUGUUUGAAUGUCUCUGUUUGGGAAGAAAUAACAAGCAAAUAAAAGUGGAGGGAGAGUCUGGUUAUCUCUUCCCCAUAUUACUGUGGAUAUGA